UUAUUGCCGCCAGGUGGCGCUGUCAUCAUAAGUGGAGCUGAUUAUUAUUUCAAGCGUAGUUUCGCUUUGGCUUGCUUUAGGUUACGUGUUGGAUAUAAGGACCUGAACUGUUUAAAGGAUGUUUACGACCAUUCUGAGGAAUGUGUGUAGAAGCCAACACCAGCUUUCUGCCUUGAAGUACAUCGCUGUUGUCAGCGUUGCUACCAGACUCAGCGUAGUACAAGGAUCAAAGAGUAUCUGUACAUCGCCCCAGAAAUGUAAAGAUGAAGUGAAGGCUGCUGUGCAUGCUGUCAAACCCUCAACAGCGGGAACAACCAUCUUCAGCAAGAUUCUGGAUAAGACUAUUCCUGCAGACAUUCUGUAUGAGGACGAUAAGUGCAUUGCCUUCAGUGAUGUGGCUCCUCAGGCUCCAGUUCACUUUCUAGUAAUCCCCAGGAAACCUAUCACAGGGAUAAACGCUGCACAACAGGAGGACGAGCAGCUGCUUGGCCAUUUACUGCUGGUGGCAAAGACUGUUGCUGAAGAGAAAAAACUUGACAAUGGGUACAGAGUAGUUAUCAAUGACGGGAAGGACGGAGCUCAGUCUGUGUUCCAUCUCCAUAUCCAUGUACUGGGAGGUCGUCAGAUGUCGUGGCCGCCAGGUUAACAUCACCGGUACAACCAGAGAUUUAAUCUGUUGGUUUCAAUUAAGACUUAUUAUACAGCUUUUAACCAUCUUUUAUGUAAAUCAAUUAUUUUAAUUAAAUUUCAUAAUGAAAUGCUACAAAA